CGCCCUCCGCCCGCGGGCGUCUGCGCGAGCCCGGCCGGCGGGGGAGAUGUGCUCGGGCUCCGGCGGAUCGGUUUCUCGGGGUUUGACCAGCUGUCCCGGGCUAACCCUGCUCCUCGCUGAAGAUGGAGGAAGUAAAAACAGGAUUACCCUUAGCUACAGAUCCACUGCCUUAGUUUCCACCACCAACUGCAGUGCACAAACACACGUUAGGCACAGGAAAGAAAGAAAGAGAGAGGAUACACUAACAGUAAACACAAACAAAAGGGUGAUGGGAUUAUUUUACUGCAUGCACUGCUGAGCCCGACAUUGUCACCUCCUCUUUGAAAGGGGUUAGAAGAAGCUGAGAUCUCCCGACAGAGCUGGAAAUGGUGAUGAAUCUUUUUUAAUCAAAGGACAAUUUCUUUUCACUGCACUUUGACUAUGGAAACAGAGGCUAUUGAUGGCUAUAUAACGUCAGGUGACAAUGAGCUUUCACCUGAAAGGGAGCACUCCAAUAUGGCAAUUGACCUCACCUCAAGCACACCCAAUGGACAGCAUGCCUCACCAGGUCACAUGACAAGCACAAAUUCAGUAAAGCUAGAAAUGCAGAGUGAUGAAGAGUGUGACAGGAAACCCCUGAGCCGUGAAGAUGAGAUCAGGGGCCAUGAUGAAGGUAGCGGCCUAGAAGAACCCCUAAUUGAGAGCAGCGAGGUGGCCGACAACAGGAAAGUCCAGGAGCUUCAAGGCGAGGGAGGAAUCCGGCUUCCGAAUGGUAAACUGAAAUGUGACGUCUGUGGCAUGGUUUGCAUUGGGCCCAAUGUGCUUAUGGUACAUAAAAGGAGUCACACUGGUGAACGUCCCUUCCACUGUAACCAGUGUGGAGCCUCUUUUACUCAGAAGGGCAACCUUUUGAGACACAUAAAGUUACACUCUGGAGAGAAGCCGUUCAAAUGUCCUUUUUGUAGCUAUGCCUGUAGAAGAAGGGACGCCCUCACAGGACACCUCAGGACCCACUCUGUGGGUAAACCUCACAAGUGCAACUACUGUGGACGAAGCUACAAGCAGCGCAGUUCACUGGAGGAGCACAAGGAACGCUGCCACAACUAUCUCCAGAAUGUCAGCAUGGAGGCCGCGGGGCAGGUCAUGAGUCACCAUGUACCUCCUAUGGAAGAUUGUAAGGAACAAGAGCCUAUCAUGGACAACAAUAUUUCUCUGGUGCCUUUUGAGAGACCUGCUGUCAUAGAGAAGCUCACAGGGAAUAUGGGAAAACGUAAAAGCUCCACUCCACAAAAGUUUGUGGGGGAAAAGCUCAUGCGAUUCAGCUACCCAGACAUUCACUUUGAUAUGAACUUAACCUAUGAGAAGGAGGCUGAGCUAAUGCAGUCUCAUAUGAUGGACCAAGCCAUCAACAAUGCAAUCACCUACCUUGGAGCUGAGGCCCUUCACCCACUGAUGCAGCACCCGCCGAGCACAAUCGCUGAGGUGGCCCCAGUUAUAAGCUCAGCUUAUUCUCAGGUCUAUCAUCCAAAUAGGAUAGAAAGACCCAUUAGCAGGGAAACCUCCGAUAGUCAUGAAAACAACAUGGAUGGUCCUCUCUCCCUCAUCAGACCAAAGAGUCGACCCCAGGAAAGAGAGGCCUCUCCCAGCAAUAGCUGCCUGGAUUCUACUGACUCAGAAAGCAGCCACGAUGACCACCAGUCCUACCAAGGAAACCCUGCCUUAAAUCCCAAGAGGAAACAAAGCCCAGCUUACAUGAAGGAGGAUGUCAAGGCUUUGGAUACCAAGGCUCCUAAGGGCUCUCUGAAGGACAUCUACAAGGUCUUCAAUGGGGAAGGAGAACAGAUUAGGGCCUUCAAAUGUGAGCACUGCCGAGUCCUUUUCCUAGACCAUGUCAUGUACACCAUUCACAUGGGCUGCCAUGGCUACCGGGACCCACUGGAAUGCAACAUCUGUGGCUACAGAAGCCAGGACCGCUACGAGUUUUCAUCACACAUCGUUCGAGGGGAGCACACAUUCCACUAGGCCUUUUCAUUCCAAAGGGGACCCCUAUGAAGUGACGAACUGCACAUGAAGAAAUACUGCACUUACAAUCCCACCUUCCCUCAGAUGUUGACAUACCUUUUCUUUCUUUUUUUUUUUUUUAAAUAUUAUUACUGUCAUUAAUUCUUACUUUGUGGACGCAGUGUCGUUUGCUCUGCCUAAUUACAAUAAGGAAGAAACAGAGGAGAGAAGGGACAAGGGAUAUUGUUUCUUGAUACCUUGGCUUGUUUCUUUUGUGGGAAUUUAAGAGCAGUUCCAUUUCUGCCAUGCAUAAAUAUAAGGUAUAUCGUGCUUUGAGAAAAAAAAUCACUUGAUUCAUAUAGAUUCACCUGAGAGAUUCUAAGUUGCCACUGAUGUGGAGGAUCAGGAUUGAAGGCAGGAAAGUUUAGAGUUUCUGGGUAGAACUAUUGCAGUUUAAAGUGGUAUAAGUAAUUUUACUCUUCAAGGAAGAAUUUUGUUUCAAAAUGUAAACUUUUUUUUCCCCCUCGAUAGAUCAUGGAACACAAACACAUUGUUACUUUCAGUGAUAACUCCUUGGAUGAGUUGUUGUGGGUUCUAUGUUUACUUCCCCAAUGGAAUUUAUAAUACAAUAUGUUAUACACUGUACCAUAUAGGAAAACUUUUGAACUACAGGUAGUUAAGGACACCAACAAUACAUCUGAGGUCCUAUGAUCUUAUUUUUCUAAACUUAAGCACUGUUUUCCAUAGUUUUGAUGACUGGCAUUUUAUAGACACCCUGGCAGCCUUACUUUUAACACCUUUAAUGAAUAGAAUUUUUAUCUAGUUUUAAGAAUAACAUAUGGUCUAAGAGUGGCUAAGAGGCAGUCAGUAGUUUCCAGAAAGGACCUCUACUUUUCAUAAAUUUGUUUGGGAAGUUUUCUUUUAAAGUUGUAAUGUGGUGGCAGCAUAGUACGCGUGUUUGUUUCUAAAAGUAUGCUUACGAUCGUCACUUUAUCAGCAUUUAAUCAGUGUUAACCAGUCAGCAGAAAAACAUAAUUAGGCUAACAGUAGGGGGGAAAAAACCCACUCAGAAAUCCCUUUUCUGGUAUGUCUCUUUUCACUGGUUUUUUCAAGCUGUGACCACCCAGUGUUCUAUCCAUAGUCCAUCAUCUUUUACUAUUUGAGUAGAAGAUCAUAAAAAUCUUGCUAUAGAUUUUUGCUUUCCAAAUCUUGGAGCAAUUACUAAUUCUACCUGAAUGUGGUAACUUGAACCCCAUAAGGUCGUGGAACUAGGGCUAUUUAUUCUAGUAUUUCUUCAAUAAUAAUAUUUACCACUUGUGGUGCAAGGAAAAGGGAACUUCUUUGUAACCUGUACAUUAGACUAUAGAUAAACAAAAAACAAAACCUAUUUUUUACCCUUCUUGGAGUCUAGAAGGUAAUCUAACCUCCAAGUGAAAGUCACCAUGUCCUGCACAUUUUUCUGUCUUGAAAGCAUUCAACUAUGUAUAAGUCCUUGUCAGAAAGGAAUCUCAAUCCCUUAGUAAAAAUUUUCUCUUCUUUUAAUCCAUACAUAUGUUGCCAUUUUUCAUAUGCAAAUUUUUAUUUCAUUUAUAAGGGUGCUGUUUUUUCUCUGCAGUCCAACAGCAUUAGAGGGGAGAAACCAAAUGCAAUUGAGUCAUUUGGAUCAAGUCACACUGGGAUGCAGAACUUGCUGCUUGUGUUGAGGGAGGACAGGCCUGUCGGUGACUGGAUUAUCUGUUAGCCGUUUAUGAAUACUGAUUCUGUUAAGCAGUAACUGAUAACUGCUCUAACAACAACAA